AAAUUAUUAUAUUUGUUGAAUAAUUGGAAAAACAUUAGUUGUGUAAAGAGUUGAGAGUUAUGGCGCCUAUAUCGAAAAUCACCACAUCGCACCAUCAGAUUUCUUUCAUUUUUAAAUUAUCAGGCCAUAAAAAUAACAAUAAAAAUCAAAAACUAUUCUUAAUAAAGCUUAAGCAGUCGGAAAGCAAAAGUAGAAUUUGCCAUUCACGCCAAUUACACAGCACAAGAAUCAGUUGCUUACACCAAACCUGGCCUGGUACGUUACGCCAAUUACACACUGAACGAGAUUCUCAUUCAUGCUAGCGAAUACAAGAGGAGUCUACGAAUUGUUUAAUUUUGUAGCUACGCUUAAUUAAGAGCAAAUAAAUAUCAAAGGCAUAACAAAAUAUUAUUUGCUUACAUUUAGUUAUUAUUUGUUGUUUUACGCCAUUUCACUGCAGCUAUUUUGUUCGUAACUGCGUUUCUCGUACACACAAAUUAUUUCUGAAGCGAUAACAGCUAUCUGUAAAUAGUCCAGGCAAUCCGCACUAUCACAACAGCUGACCAACCAACCGAUUGUGCGAGGAGAAAGCAACAAGGUUUAGCAUCUUCGUUGUCAAUCAAGGUUUGCCACCGCUAAUCAUAUCAGCAGACGGCCAAUAAUAAUCCACUGCAAACUAAAACAACAUCGGCCAUUAAAGCAACAACCAUAAUUAAAGUCGCAGCCAACAACAUGAUUUCACAUAGUCCACCCAUCUUCAGCCAUAGUCCGCCAGUUAGUUUCCUAUCGGACUACAUGAACAAUCAUCGUUACAAUGACGAAACAAACCGAGCGUCGCGCUAUUGUCGCCCCCAAGUGAUCACACUCGCAUCGAAGGCCAUGGCCAAUAGUGCGGCCGCUGUUUUCGCCAGCCAUCAACUGCACCAGCAGCACCAGCAACAGCAACAGCAAAUGCAGCGGGUGCCUAUCACCGUCACCGCUGGCUGUCUCAACGGCCAAGAGGGGCGUGCCCAUUGCGGUUUACCGCGCACACUCUCCGCACCAGUCAUCCAAAUGCAGCCGAAGUCUUGCCUCAGUCGCAAAUUCUGUCUGCACCGUUCAGCAAUGGCGAACAAUAGCAACGACAGUCGCAACAGUGACGCGGCGGGCACGGAAACGGAGUGUGUGAGCUGUAAAUGCAGCGAACAAAGCCGCUGCCGCAAGCGAGUUAUCUUCGCGGACGAUGAGGGUCAACCGCUAACCGAGGUGCGCGUCAUGUCAGAACCGUCGAAUGUGCCCCCAUUGUGGAGCACGAAAUUCUUGGAACAAAUUACACAGGGCCUAGUUAGUCCACAUCCGGCCGAUCAAUGGACCGUCGACUUCAAGCAACCAGCUUCAGAUUAUUUAUCAUUCAGGCAGAAGAUCGACCGUGACUUUGUCUCACUUGAAAAUGUGAUUGUCAAGGAUGAGGAAUCCAUUGUGGUGGGAACAGUAAAAGUGAAAAAUAUUUCUUUUGAGAAAGAAGUGAUCGUGCGCGUCACAUGGGAUGACUGGAAGAGUCAACAGGACAUAUUCUGCACAUUUGCACGGGCAUAUGGACCGGCAACCUUUGCUCACGUCGUAUUCGAUACGUUCUCCUUCAAAAUCACAUUGCCACCAUCCUCGAAACGCUUAGAAUUCUGUAUUUGCUAUCGUGCCAAAUGUCAGGAAUACUGGGACAAUAGAGAGGGCAAGAACUAUACCAUAACGAAGCGUUCACCCUUCUACUACAAUGCUCUCUCGCCCUAUGACAAGAAUACCUCUCGCAACACUUGCCGUGGUCAUGUGACAUCAGCACUUUCAGAAGCUUUGGCCAAUUCCAAAGGAAAUCAAGCCCAAAACAAUUGGAGUCAGGAGUCGGGACCCUACUGGCAACAAAAACGGGUCGAGGAGAAAUAUUGGUGAAGAAAUAUGUUAAUAGGACGCGAACCCAAACGCGUUAGCGGCCUGGGUUGCGCGUCGGCGCGCAAUCAACCCUACAAGCAAGAAUAUUACAAAAUGCCAAUAUAGAACAAGUAAAUCAGUCGUAUCGAACAAUUACAACAAGAACAAAAGAACAGAAAACAAUAACAAAAAAAUUGAAAACUCUAACAAAUGAAAGAAACCCCAGAAGGACAAGACCAUUAUUAAGGUAUGCUGACGCAGAAGUAUGCCAAGAAAGCAACAUUUUAUUUAUGGUACCCAGUGCUAUGCAUAUCAGGCUAAAAACCCAAUACACCAAUCAUUUAAGAACAAUUUGUUAAAUAGGAAACAAAAACAACAUCUAUCAAACAACCAAAAAGUGGUAGAAAAAGCCGGACGAAAAAAUAAUGGUUCUUAAAUAGGAAAAUCGCAGCUUUGGGCCGCCAGAAUUUAGCCAGCACAUAUAAUAUUUAUGAAAACUGCGAAGUGAAGAGCGAAGAAACCUACAUAUAUGAGAACACUUUGCAAAAGCUUUAACUUAGAAAACUGAUUUGGUGGCCCCUGCAAACGUUUAAAUCUUGUAGGCAUUGAUAUUAGAGACAUUUAGCUUUUAGAAUGAGCAGUGAUAUUAUCUCGUUGACUGAGUAUACAAUACAUACAAGCGAUAGAUGGGGAAUGAAUACUGAAGAAAAUAGAUGACCGAUAAGCUGAGUAGAGCAUGGAGAAAUCUCCGAAGAGACAGUUAACCAAUUGAAGGAGGCGAAUGUCGCCGAAAGCUAAGCGUUUUACACAUAUUUUAGAAUUUAUAUUAGAAAGCACGAAUAAGCUUCGCUUUGGUGCUAGCGAAACACACUAGUUGGCCAGCGAUAAUACGUAACUUAAAUGAAUUUGAGCAGGUUUCAAUUCAUGGCCAACCAGUAAACGCUCAAAGCGGCAGUGCGCACUUCUAGACGCGCCUCUCCGCGAGGCAUGAAAGGAAUGAAAGUGUACAUAUAUGCCAAUUAAAGCAACAUCAGAUGUUUAUGCGCUGAAAUUCAGCAUAAUUUGGAAAUCGUAUAUUAGCACUGUGUUUCAGAAACCAACUGCUGAUUUCUCAAAGACAGUCGAUUACGUAAAACAUAGACUUCCUACACAAAUACUAAAACAAACAAAAAUCCACUGCAGUGGAAGCUUAUCAAAGGCGUCUAAAUGCAUGUUAGCGCAUCAAAAAGCGGCCUAUGACGCAUGCGGCUCACGUAAGUAGAAUUCAUACUUUGAAAGCGUGUUACCAAAAUCAGCAGCCGAUCAGGUCGAACCACCUUCAGACCGUUUGCUACGACUAAAAUUUUUACUUGCCUAGAAGUUGGAAAUCAAGCAGAAAAUCAGAAAGUAAUAAAUACAAUAAGAGUGCGGUAAAAUGUAAACACUAUGAGACUAUUUAGAACUCGAACGCAAACUCUGCACAUAUGCGUGCAUACAUACAUACACACACACAUGCUCAUAUAUACAUACAUAUGCUAAAGCCGUUGAAAAGACUGUGUUCUUUAUGCUACGUGAACAGACAAAGUAAAAGUGAAAGGUGGGGCCACAGCAGAGUUUAGCGUUGGAUUAGAGUGAAGGAAGUUAGUACAAUCUUACAGGAACUACUUGAAACUAUAAAGCAAAAAACUAUGCAACUAAAAAUGUGAGAAGAUUCUUAAAUCAAAAACAACGCACAUAGAACAUACAAAAUAUCUACGUAAAUAUAUAUAUAACUAAAUUCAUAAUGGAAAAUGUUUAUAACUUUUUAUAUAUUAUAUUUUACUGUAAUUAAAAAAUUAAAAAGAAGAACUUACUCUAGAUUUAUAAACUAGUUUUAAGCUGCAAAUGUUGGGAGAUAAGUCCGUGGAGUUUGUGUGAUUUUUAAAUGAUUUUUUGUGGGUUUUAAUUUGUAAGUCUUUUGACUAUUUUAUGCAUACAAUUUUUUAAUACUAGUUUUUAUAUUUUGUUUUCAUGUUUCGUAGAGACAACAGUUGAAAACAUGUUUUUUGUUUGAAUUGUUUGGAUUGGCGAGAGAGUAAUUUUUAAUUUGAAAAAACUCAUUUUGUAUGCAAUAAAUUAUGUAGAUGGCAAUUAUGUAUUUGCGCCAAAUUAAACCGAAAUUAAUUUCUUCCCAAUCCAACAUGUCUUGCAAUGCCAAGCCACAUCCAUUUAAUUUUUUAUGACUCGUUUUUUUUUUAUUUUUAAUUGCUUUGCGAAGCAGUUAGUGUGUGAGAAGACUGUAGUACUUCGUGACAAAAAAUAUGUUUUCGAAAUCUUUUUAUUUGUGAUUUAUUUUUACACUCGACUUAAGCACCUAUGGUGGCGCCGCAAGGCUGUCUCAAUGGGAUAUUUUAUGUGUGCGAUUCUGUUUUUUAUAUAAACUGGCAAUAUUACCUGCACACAUACAUGUAUACUAUUUUUACACAUAUAACUAUUAUGAUAACUGUUUACUAUCGGAUUGACAUUUAUAUAUCGUAUGCCUUUAUUUUCUAAGCGAAAAUUGUGCAAAAACAUUUUUGUAAAAGAUUUAUUGAAUAAGUUUGUCAGAUAUACAUACACAUAAACUGAGAAGGAUAUUUUUGUAAAUACUAAUUUUAGAACCUAAUUAUAACUGUAUGUACAUGUAAACGUUGAUUGAAAGAGCGAGUAAAAAUGUCGAAUAUGUUGCCAUAAAAAAAUAAUUUUAUUUUGUUAGAAUUUAAAAUGCAAUAAAACGCCAGUAAACAAUUUAUAGAAAAAAAUAAAGAUAUAUUCAAAAUUUUAUAAAACAAAACAUGGUGUCCAUUGUAUGUUAUAAGUUGGAUAGUAAAUUCCUUUCUCUAUGUUUUAGCAAAGUCUGUUGCACGCAUAUUUUAUCAUACAUUAGAUUUUAUUAUUAUUUCGUUUAUAUCUGAAACUGUAAGACUGAAAUGGUUGUUAAGAAAAUAACAAAAAACUUUAGUAAAACAAAAUUA